UUGAUAAUUUGACAGGAAGUGGAGAAAGCGGGUGGUUCAAUUUCAGUUUCCAUCAUUCCUCACUUUCCCAUUUCCUGCAAACACAUCCUGCAUUCCUGGGCGUUCGUUUUCCUUCUUUCUUUCCUUCUUCGUUUCCUGCCUCUCUUUAGUGCCAAAAGAAAAACAAGAAGACCAAACAAAUUUCAAAGAUGGAAACUUCCCGUCCCGGCGCCAUCAUCAAUACCAGCAAGCAACCACGACAAUAACAUCUCUCCAUCUCUCUCUCUCUCUCUCUGGUAUUAUUUAGCAGCGCAUGCAAUUAUUACUUGUUACACAAACCUCAAAAGAUUCUCAUCAACCCUCCCAACUACAACUCUUCCUCUUCCGGAAGUCUCUCUCUCUCUCUCUCUCUCUCUCUCUCUCUCUGUGUGUCCAUCUCCGUGCAUGGCCACCACUCACCACUUCAACUACACCUCGGCCGACCACAUCAACAUGCUCGGCCUCCGCGACGUCGUUUUCAUUGCCCCGCCGCCCUCCCUGCACCACCAGCAACCCCAGCAACCGCCCCCCAUCUCCGACCACCACGCCCACCCCCACCACCCGAAUUUCCACCUGCCUUCGUCGACCGCCCUGGGCGUCGGCGUCAGCAUAUUCCCCGUCCUCACCGCGACGCCCUACAACGUGGUCGAAGACUGCGGGAACGCCAACCAUAACAGCGAGGCCAACAACACCGCGAAUUUCUGGAGGAGGUGCGAUGAUCAGUCCAGCUUUGCCAAGAAGGACGCGCUGGGCGGUGGUGAAGACGAGAGCAAUAAAGGCGAGAAACCGGAGGAGAUCAAUGGGUUGAGCAAUAGCAAUUUGAGGGUGUGUAGGGACUGUGGGAAUAGAGCCAAGAAGGAGUGUAGUUAUAGGAGGUGCAGGACCUGUUGCAAGAGUAGAGGGUACGAUUGCUCCACCCACGUAAGGAGCACGUGGGUGCCGGCGGCGAGGAGGCGGGAGCGGCAGAUGGCCAUGGUGGGGGUUGGCUUUGGCGGUUGUGGUGAGGGAGGAGCAGGAGGUGGUGGUGGCGGCGGCGGCGGCGGCGGUUCUUCGGGGUCGUCUUCUGGAGUGAAGAGACCAAAACUAAUUGAUGGGUCAUCGAAUCACGGUGCAACUAAUGCUUCUUCCACCUCGAAUGCUACCACUCCUAGGAGCUUUGAUACUAGUUCUUGUCAUCAUCAAGUGAUUUCUUGGAUUCCAGAUGCUAGCUUCAAGCAGUCCUUACCUGGCCAAGUCCGUGCUCCGGCAGUUUUCAGGUGCAUUAGAGUCACUGCAAUUAGUGACAAUGCAGCUGAAUUUGCCUAUCAAGCUACUGUUAGUAUCAGCGGGCAUGUAUUCAGAGGCUUCCUCUAUGAUCAGGGGAUCGAUGAGAAGAAUGCGUUUCCAUGUAUUUCCGAACUUCGAUUCGGAGGAGUAGCCGGCAUGAGGAACAGGGAUUCUUCUCCAAUCGUCGACCCGCCAAAUGCUUAUGAAGCAUCUGGUUGUCGCAGAUUGCUUGAAGUUCCUGGUGAUGAAUGAUAUGAUAGGCAUGACAAACAGGGCAAGAAGAGCAGAACUGGAACAUAUUCAUUGUAUAGGAAUGCUAUGGACAUCGUCUGCAUGUGAAGCACGGUAAUGGAACAUGCAUCGCGGGACAGAAGGCAGUACUUUUAGAUUUUACCUUUGUAAAUGGUACGAGAUUAUCUGCUGUAGUAUGUAUGAUACUUUAUUUUCGCUGUAUGAUAUGAAUCAACUCAAGCGGCAACUUUUCAGCUAUAUAAAAUAUUUUAGGUCUGGAAAUAAAUUGACCGGGUCAAUUCUAA